AUGGCUGGACGCGGACGCGGACGGGCGAAUACGCUGCCUGCAUGGAUGACCAAGCAAGGCCUGAGUGCGCCCCAACCCGUCGAAGCCCCGCCAGCUCCUCCACCAUCACGGUCUCCACCACGUAAUGGCCAGUUUGAUGACGCCCCGGAGCGCGCGCCUCGUCCGCCAGAGCGCAAGCCCCGCGACGAGUUCGUAACCGGCAGCAAACGCUCUCGGGAUCGCUUUUCGGACCGCAAUAGCAGCGACUUGAGGGAACGCGCUUCGGUACACGCCACGCGGUCGCGCUCACGGUCCCGGGACCGAGGGAGUGGACGGGACCGAUCGCGGGAUCGGGACCGGCAGCACUCGAGCCGUCGCAGCGAAUCCCGAGGCGAUCGACGUCAGGACGAAUCGUCUCGACGUGGAUCAUCGCUUCGUGGACGCUCGAGGUCUCGGGACCGUCGAGACCAUCGCAGUGUCUCUCGUCGUGGAGGAGGUGAGCGCUAUGAAGACAGGGGGUACGGAGGAGGGACGACGCGUGGACCGAGAGAUGAUGACUACCGCCGGAACGACGGACGGGUCUUGCGUCGGGAUGACGAAGCGAUGGAGCGUGGCUACCGUCGCCGUUCGUCCAAUGGGCACGAUGACCGCACGUCCCGUCGAUACACGUCGGACUAUCGGCCGUAG